AUGUCUACCUUCUACAUCGAGAACAAGAAUGUCGGCAACCAGGCCGACUCAGAAGAUUGGCGCAUUCGCGGCUACAACCCUCUAACUCCUCCCGAUCUGCUACAACACGAGAUUCCGCAGACGACAGCAUCAAAAAAGACAGUCAUCGAGGGCCGCAACGAGGCCGUGGCGAUUGUCAAUGGCAAGGACCUAAAACACCGCCUUCUUAUCGUCGUCGGCCCUUGCUCGAUCCAUGACCCUGCCGCUGCCCUCGCUUACUGCGACUUGCUCCUCCAGGCUAAGGAGAAGCACAAGGAUGAGUUGCUUAUCGUCAUGCGCUCGUACCUCGAGAAGCCCCGUACGACCGUCGGCUGGAAGGGCCUGAUCAACGACCCAGAUAUCGACGGUAGCUUCAAGAUUAACAAGGGCUUGAGAUUGUCGCGCCAGCUCUUCGUCGACCUGACGAGCAAGGGUAUGCCCAUUGCUAGCGAGAUGCUGGAUACCAUCUCUCCCCAGUUCUUGGCCGAUCUUCUCAGCGUUGGCGCCAUUGGUGCACGCACAACGGAGAGCCAGCUGCACCGUGAGCUGGCAAGUGGACUGAGUUUCCCAGUUGGCUUCAAGAACGGCACCGAUGGCUCGCUCGGCGUCGCCAUCGACGCUAUGGGUGCCGUGAAGCACCCUCACCACUUCCUCUCAGUCACUAAGCCUGGUGUCGUCGCCAUUGUUGGCACAACGGGUAAUGAUGACUGCUUCGUCAUUCUGCGUGGUGGCACCAAGGGCACCAACUACGAUGCUGAGAGCAUCGCCGAGGCCAAGGCUUCUUUGGACAAGAAGGGAGCUCCUCCCAGGCUGAUGGUCGACUGCAGCCACGGCAACUCACUCAAGAACCACAACAACCAGCCCAAGGUUGCCAGCGUCGUCGCCGAACAGGUUGCCAAGGGCGAGACCGCUAUCAUGGGUCUCAUGAUUGAGAGCAACAUUGGCGAGGGUAACCAAAAGGUGCCAGAGGAGGGCAAGUCCGGUCUCAAGUACGGCGUCAGUAUCACAGAUGCUUGCAUCCACUGGGCAGACACUGAAGUGGUGCUUGACAAUUUGGCCGAGGCCGUGAAGCAAAGACGAAAGGUUUUGGGAGUCAGCAUCUAA